AGGCAGCUCUCCAGGUUGACAGCUCCUGCCUCUCCCCCAAUCCUCAGUCUGUCCCCACAGCUCUCAGGAUCUGGUAGUCACCAUGUUGGCUACUCGUCCCGUCUUGGGCAAUAUCGCCCGCUCGCGGGUGGCCGCCACCCUCGGCGCCCGCCGCACCAUGGCCACCGUCUCGGACUCUCCCCUUGACAAGAAGGUCAAGCAGAACAACUGGGAGGAGGGCAACUUCAUCAACUACAAGACGUUUUCUGAGAAUAUUGCCGUCGUCCGCAGCCGCCUGAACCGACCCCUCACCUACGGUGAGAAGAUCCUCUACUCUCACUUGGACGACCCGCACGGCCAGGACCUCGAGCGUGGUGUCUCCUACCUCAAGCUCCGCCCCGACCGCGUUGCGUGCCAGGAUGCCACUGCUCAGAUGGCCAUCCUCCAGUUCAUGUCUGCGGGCAUGCCCUCUGUCGCCAACCCCACCACAGUCCACUGCGACCACUUGAUCGAGGCCCAGCUCGGCGGCCCCAAGGAUCUCGCCCGCGCCAAUGAUAUCAACAAGGAGGUCUACGACUUCCUUGCUUCCGCCUGCGCCAAGUACAACAUUGGUUUCUGGAAGCCCGGCUCUGGUAUCAUCCACCAGAUCAUCCUCGAGAACUACGCUUUCCCCGGUGGGCUCCUCAUCGGCACUGACUCGCACACUCCCAACGGCGCUGGUCUCGGCAUGGCUGCUAUCGGUGUUGGCGGUGCUGAUGCAGUAGACGUCAUGGCUGGCCUACCCUGGGAACUCAAAGCCCCGAAGUAUAUGGGUGUGAAGCUAACUGGAAAGCUGUCUGGCUGGGCAUCACCCAAGGACAUUAUUACCAAGCUUGCGGGCAUCACCACCGUCAAGGGUGGUACUGGCAAGAUUGUCGAGUACUAUGGUGAGAACCUAUUUUUCAUUUCUCUUGAUUCUGGGUGAUACCCAAUUACCCAAUUUCCAUCUUUGUUUUGUUUUGUUUCGUCUUGUCUUGUCUGCGCCAUUUCUUUGUUUUGAUGUUGGCCGCCUUGGGCGUCACAUUUUUGUGUUUGUGCGUUCCGAGUUUUGUUCCACUUUGGUCCCCAACCGCUCGGAGAGCGUCCACCAAAGGUCCUUCCCCAACCGUCCUGGCAGCAAAG